GGAGACAAAAAUCCCUAUAGACAAAGGAGAACGUUAUAUUGAGUUAACUUGUUAAAACAUCUGCUUCUAGACACGUUUUCUUAGUAUAAAGUGACAGAAACAAAUAAAUUAAACUCUAAGAUACAUUCCACUAUAUUAGACUAAAACACUUCUGCAUAAAUGAAACUAGGAGGAUAUUUUUAGAAACAACUGCUAAAGAGAUGUGCUGGAGAGAUAUGUAGAGGAGAACAGGAUUUCUGAGUCAAGACACACAUGACAGAACAGCCAAUUUCAGGGCAAGGUAAGGGAACAGUGGAAUGAAGGUUCAUUUUUCAUUCUCACAAACCAAUGAAACCCUGCUUAUCUUAAACCAACCUGCUCACUGGAGUAGGGAGGACAGGACCAGCAUAAAAGGGAGAGCAGAGCCAACUGUUGCUUAUACUUGCUUCUGACAUAACCGUGUUCACUAGCAACCUCAAACAGACACUAUGGUGCAUCUGACUCCUGAGGAGAAGACUGUUGUCAGUGCCCUGUGGGGCAAAGUGAAUGUGGAUGCAGUUGGUGGUGAGGCCCUGGGCAGGUUACUGGUAGUCCACCCUUGGACCCAGAGAUUCUUUGAGUCUUUUGGGGAUCUGUCCUCUCCUGCUGCUGUUAUGGGCAACCCUAAGGUGAAGGCUCAUGGCAAGAAGGUGCUAGGCGCCUUUAGUGAUGGCCUGGCUCACUUGGACAACCUCAAGGGCACUUUUUCCCAGCUGAGUGAGCUGCACUGUGACAAGCUGCACGUGGAUCCUGGGAACUUCAGGCUCCUGGGCAAUGUGCUGGUGUGUAUGCUGGCCCACAACUUUGACAAGGAAUUCAUCCUACAGGUGCAGGCUGCCUAUCAGAAGGUGGUGGCUGGUGUGGCUAAUGCCCUGGCUCACAAGUACCAUUGA